AUGACAGAAAGACAAAUCCGAACUUGUGCAGAUGAAGCAUGCCAAAAUGAAAGAACGGAAAUGAAAAGUAUCAUUGAAUCGGGAGAAUAUCUGCAGCGCAUUUUUCACUUCUCUGAGUAUGAAAAGGCGAUCGAGUGCGUUAGAGUGCUCGAGAACGAGAAUAAAUUCUUCCUUCAACGAUUCGAAGAAGAAAAGAAAAAGCAUAAGGAGGAGGUGCAAAAGUGUGUUGCUCAAGUAAAGUUGUCCGAAGAAAAUCGAGAGGCCGAGAAGAAACGAUACAAGAAGAAAAUCGCGUCGUUGCAAGAAGAGUUGAAGAAGUUUCAAGAGACUGCCCAAAAGAAUGUUGUUCCAGUCCCCGCCUUGGAGGAGAAUGAAGGGGAUGAGAACGAGAAUGAAUACGAAGAAGACGAGCAAGAUCCAGAAGAAGAUAAUGAAGACUUCUAUUGUGCCGCCACGACUUCAGCAGCCAUUCCACUUGUAGCAGUCCCUAAUUUUCAGCAAAUGUCGGAGACUACUGAAAAUGUCGAUCAAGCAAGUGACAUCUGCGACAAUCCAGCUUGCCAAAGAGAACUUGCCGAUUACAAGAAGAAAUUCUACGAGGAGCCAAAUUACGAAAAGCUGAUUUACGGAUUCAGCAAGAUGGAAGAUAUCAUUUCUUACAUUACUCGCCUUCAAGAACGAAACAAGGAAAUUCAGCAAAAGACGGAGCUUUUCAAGAGCAUCGCGGACGACAGAAUCGCAGAUCUGAAAGAAAUGCUCUCCGAGGCAGAAGAAGAACGAGCGGCGAGAAAACGCCAGUAUAAGAAAAGAAUCGAAGGCCUCGAGUUAAUGCUUCAAGGAAAAGUCGGCGAGGCUAGGAAGAUCAGAAACUCCCUCGACAAAGAAAAGAAAGAAAAACAGGAGGCAAAGAAAGUCCCCAAGAAGGCUGAGCGCGUCUCCUCCCGAAUCAACAAAAACCAAACUGCUUAG